AAACACAUGCCGAUUUAUUCGUCGUCUGAUAAGGGAUUUUCAGUAAAAGAUGCCGUUUCGAUAAUAAUAAAUACAAAGGAUAAAUUGGCAUCCAAAGUACCGUUCAGUUGCAAAGAAACCAAAAUAUUUGUUGUAGACACAAGCAAGUUAGAACAUAUUGAUGAUAUACGGUCUCAUGAACUUGGUGCAAUGAAAAAUGAGAGAGUUCAGAGAGAUUACGUUUCAGUUGCUGAAGAUGAAAAAGUAAUCAAAGUUUUGAAAAAAAAUCCCAAUGUCAUGAGAAAAGGAAUUUACAUGCUUAAAAGGUCUUACUACUCUUUGAAAGGCGACACAAGUUUUAAGAGAAGAAUAUAUGAACUAUCUGAUUGGAAAGGCGAUCAACACAAAGUAGUCAUUUUGCAGUUUGUUUUCCACGGUAAUGCUCCUCCACCAAAGCCAAGACCGCAUGGAAAUAGCAAAUCAGGGGGCAUGUAUGUUAGGACAACAAAGUCAACGCUUGAAAAGGUGAAGGAGAAGUUGAAACCAAAAGAUGCUUUUGAGGAUGCGUUCGAAUCUGUUGGCGGCAUGGAAGCAGAGAGCAUGUGUUCCAUCCCCAGAAACGUAAAGCAGAUUUACAACAUGAAACAAUCGAAGUCCAAGCAAGAAAUAGGGUCCAAAGAAAAAGACGAUUUGUUUUCGAUAAUACAACAAUGCAAAUCUGAACAAUCUCUGACCAACCCCUUUAUCAGAUCAAUUCAAGCUGCGCCCGAACCCAUGUGCGUCUGUGUAACUGACAGACAGCUAUCGGAAAUGCAAAAAUUCCUAACUAACCCCUCAGAAGCAUCCAUAUUAGGUAUUGACCCUAUUUUUAAUUUAAACCAGUUUCUGGUAACGGUUGGAACGUACAAACACUUGCAACUUCGACAUCGGCGAACCGGAAACUCCCCUACGAUGAUUGGUCCGGUGCUCAUUCACCAACAGAAGCUCCCAAUGUCAUAUUCCUAUUUGGCAAGCACAUGCACUUCUCUCAGACCAUCUCUAAAAGAAAUUCUUUUCAUAGGAACUGACGAUGAAAAGGCCAUUUUUAACGGUGUUAAAACCUUCCCCCUUAGCUUAAACACUCAAUGUUUUAGGCAUAUGCGAAACAACAUUUCAAGAAAACUCCAAGGGCUAGGUGUUUCUGAAACCGCUGCAGGCGAAUACCCGAGGGACAUAUUUGGUGUUAAACGCAAUUCCAAGGUAGAAUAUGGAUUGGUGGAUGCAACAUCAGAUUCUGAGUUCGAUACAGAGUUGAAAAAUUAUGAAAUAAUCUGGAAUGAAAGGGAAAUCGAAGACCGCAAAACAAACGAUCCACUUUUCCACAAAUGGUUCCUUAAGGAAAAAGCAGAUACUUUUAAAAAGCAUCUUCUGUUACCGUUGAGAAUAUCUGCAGGUCUUGGAUUUGCUGAGUACACCACAAAUGCUAAUGAGUCUAUUAACAAGAAGCUGAAAGAAAAAGUUGACUACAAAGAAUCUCAGUUAGGAGAAUUUUGUUCCAAACUGUUCUCUUUAGUUGACAGCCAGAAUAAAGAUGUUGAAAAAUCCCUCAUUGGAGUCGGACCUUACGAACUGCGACCUGAAUAUAAGCAAUUUGAAAUAUGUCAAACGGAUUGGUUUAAGCUCUCAAACAGUACAAGACAAAGCCAUCUAAAAAACUUUCUUAAGGCCCCUUUGAAGCCGUCUCGUCAACGUUUUGACAACGAGGGUGCUUCCACUUCCAGUACAAACAAAUGCCAAAGCCUAAGUAUUAACUUUGAAGAAACUGAAUUGUCAGAAAACGUUUAUAAACAUGUUUGGGAGAAAGCUGUUGAGAUUUUGGAUAAGGACAGUAAUAUUGUACAUGCCCCUGGAGAAAACACAGCCAUGCUUGUUGUCAGUAAAUCAAAAAAAAUGCCUCAUUAUGUUGAAAUUUUCAAAAGCGGCAAAAUCGAAUGCCCAUGUGAUGGAUAUAAGGCCAAACAAAUGUGUUCUCAUGCUUUGGCAGUAGCAGAGAAAAGGGGAGUUCUUGAAAAUUAUCUUUGUUGGUAUGAAAAAUGCAGGGGUCUCAGCAUUUCAGCGAUAUGCAGAGAAAAAAUGCCACAAAAACCUCAAAAGAAACCAGGCCAUAAAGAUAGAUCAUCAAAAAGAAAAUCUACUACUCGUUUUGAAUACGAUGAUGCACUUCCCACGAAACGUAGAUCGCGCUACAACCCGACAGAAAGUAAUGUAACUGCAGCCGAUGAUAUUGAGUCCAAUUACUUUCUGAAAUCAUUAAAUGGAACAAAGAUACGGGUAUCUUAUGGGUGUUCAAAGGCAAUCAGAAUCCCGCCACACGUUCCUGCGCCACCUUACGAUGUGGUUAUAUGCAGAAAGGAAUAUCGCGCCUAUUCCUUGGACGGGAUAUCAAAACUCACGCUCACGCCUCAAAAUGUCCAUUAUCAUUUACGGAAGGCAUGCCUCACAAUGAAAAACCCCGAAUUUGACGAGGAUACUCUCAUCAUUUGCACUCCUGAUGUCGGUCAGCAGCUAACAGACGUUCACAAGAAUUAUUUGAAAUGUUUUAAUGUGAAGUACUAA